CCUUAGCUCGUACCACAGGACCUCUGCCCGGGACUCCCAUCUGAUAUGCCAGUGUUCACUGGACACCAUGGGGCCAUUCCACACUUCAGGCAUCACAGGAUUUCAGCACACUAUUAACAUGGAUGGCAGGGACGAAUUCACCGAAGACAGUGAAUGCUGCAGCAACAACUCCCAGGAAGUCCACGGGCAGGAUAGCAUCUCAGAAGACAGCGAUAGUGAUCCUGACAACCACGGUGAAGACUCGUCCUCCAACACCUCAGCUGACGACCACAUGACCACCAAGAGAACACAGUGCCGCCUACAAGGAGCGGGAGUCAAAGAGGAGAGCGAGGAAGGGGCAGACCACAUCAACAACUUUGUUUGUCCUCUCUGCACGCUGGAUUUCAGCAGCCCUGAGAAGCUCAUCUCCCAUGUCUACCAGCACACGACUAUGAUGAGCAACACCAAGAGCUAUGUGUGCCCAGUGUGUGGGCGAGCCCUGAGUUCGCCUGGCUCACUUGGACGGCAUCUUCUCAUCCACUCGGAGGACCGCCUCUCCAACUGCGCUGUCUGUGGCGCACGAUUCACAGACACCAACAACUUUAACAGGGAGAAGCUUAAAGAUGUCCUCGACACAACCAGGAUGGAUGUCAGCGAUGAUAGGGACGCCUGUUCCAUGUCCCAGUCCCUCUCCAGCAGCCCCAUGGACAGCCCUGGGCCCGGUACUCGCUCCUGCCAUGGACCAGGCCCCAGCCCCAGUUCAUGUCAGGGUCCACGCUCAUGUCAAGCACCUGACCCCAGCCCCAACUUAUGUCAAGGCCAUCGUACCUGCCAGGGACCUGGCCACAUGUCGAGCCAGUGUCAAGGCCCCAGAUCAUGUCAUGGCGCAGGCCCAGGAUCUGGACCGUGCUCAGGCCCAGGGCCGUGCACAGGCUCUGACCAAGGACCAUCCUUUCCUUCACUGCCCGACAGUCUCCUCUCUGAAGGGCCAUCGCUCGCAUCUAUCCCUGAUGCUCUUAACUCCUCUUCCUCAGGCCUUCCUCCUAUCCCCGACAUCCUAAGCCCUAUGCCUGUGUAUCCUGCCGGGGUGCUGCUGGUGUGCAACAGCUGUGUGGCCUAUCAGCAGUUAGUGGAGGCCCAGUCGCCGCUGCGAAAAUGGGCUCUGCGUAGGAAGAACGAGCCCUUGGAGGCUCGCUUGCAGCGUCUAGAGCGUGAGCGCACGGCAAAGAAGAACAAGCGGGCGUGUGAGACGGAUGAGGAGAGGGAACUGAGGAGGCUGCGGGACCGGGAGGCCAAGCGCAUGCAGAGGAUGCAGGAAACGGAGGAGCAGAGGGCACGCAGGCUGCAGCGAGACAGGGAGGCCAUGCGUUUAAAGAGGGCCAACGAGACGCCUGAGAAGAGGCAAGCCAGGCUGAUCCGCGAGAGGGAGGCAAAGAGGAUCAAGCGACGCUUGGAGAAGAUCGACCCUGCUCUGAGGACACAGAUAGAGCAUGAUCCUGCUGCGAUGGCUGCUCUCACAGCAGACAUGAGUCUCUUUCAGUUCCCCUGUCCUAUGCCUGUCCCUUCCAUCGAUAAUGGUCUGUUCAUGAAGUUGCCCUAAUUGGACCAGGCCACUGAGGGAAGGGGGGGGACAACAAACUGGCUUCUAAGCAGCAUCAUUAACCUCUGCCGUGGUCACAGUGAACCAUUCCGAGCUGGUUUACUCCCAGCAUCUUCUGUGUCGAACAGCUUCACACAAACUGCGAUAUUAAAUACAACAAAAACUACAUCAGUUUCUAAUUUAUUACAGUCUAGAAAACCUUGGAAACAGGGUUGAGAAUGUUUCUCAUUGUAUGGAUGAUGACAUAAAAGCAUGUUGUAAAGAGAUUUAACACGGUUCAUUCUUGUAGGAGCAGUUAUACUUCCUUUGAGGAAAAAAGAUCUUUUGCACAUGGACCUUCAGUGAUGGGAGUGGGGACUCUGUAGCCACAGCCCCCUCCUCUCUGGUCCACUCCGCCAGCCCAGUGACUCGGGUUUACCGGUAGCUACACCUCUCUCUUCAGGCUGCCACCAUGGGUCCCUGGGAAGUUCAUAUUCAGUCAAACUACUACCUCAGCUGGCGCCAUGAUCGCGCCCUCUGUCCUGUGGCUUACUGCUUUCCAACUCCAAGCUUCCAAAGCUCUACAUGUACUGUACACUACUACAGAGGAUGCGGGUUGUUUUCCACAAUUUGUGUUUGCAUUUAUCACUCAGGCUUUUUAAUAGGAUACAAACAUUCAUAGGAGGAGCAAGUGAUUUACAAACACACCAGUACCACAUGUAUUUCCUGCAUUUGAUUCUAAUGUUUGUAAGCAGGUAAACUCCGAAUGUUUUGUCCUAUUGAAUUCGCCCAGAGUCGAGAAACAUUCCCCCUCAUCUCCUGAGUUGUGUAUCUUAAUGCAUUCAUCUUUACAUCCUAUUUGCCAAUAUUUAAAUCUGCUUUCUUUUCUUUUCUUUAUGCUGUUACACUCCGAAUACUUUGCCAAUGUCAUUUAUUUUUUACUUUCUGUUACAGAGCGUUUCUUUGGCUCAUGGUAACUCAGUCUGUGCUGCUGUUAUUGUAUUAUUGUACUGUACAAUACAUUAGUUACCUCUUAUAUAUUUUGGGCUUAUCACAUUAAGGAAUAUCGUGGUAAAAUGUUAAAUUAAGUGGUUAGAAUGAAACAGUCACGUGUCACAUUACUUGAAUUCUGCCUGCAAAGACGUAUUUGUUUUCCUGAUUAUGGAUAAAUUACAACAUGAAAGUGGGUUAUUAUUAUAUAGAGCGUCAUACACAGAUAAUGCAACCUCUGCUUCAUGCAAUUUGUGUAGCAUUCACUUGCUUUGUAAGGCUGCAGUACCUUCACAAUGGGUAAACAGUACCACUUAAAUUUUUUUGCAGAAACAAAUUUAUUGACUCAUGACAGGUGGAAAUUAUUUUAAACUCAUGUCUCUGUAUUUUGUUUCCCUCAUCCGUUACUGAGCACUGGGGCUAAUUGCAUGACACAUACAGCCCAUACUGGGAGAGAGAUUCUAUUAAUCUAUAUUCAUUAACCUCAUUCCAGCACAUAUUUAUGCAAUAUGAUGUGAAUAUAUUUUUCUUGUGAAAAUGUUUGGGUUACUUUGUUUCCGUCAGCGGUAUAAAAUAGUUUUAAUGUUUAAAUUAGAGGCCAUGUUUGGAUAUCCCUUGUUUAAUUUCCUGCCUGUAAGGUUACCUCCAGUUUUUCUUGACUCCACUUCUCCAGAUGCAAACAUUUACAGUGUCAAAUGAGAAGUUUCUGAAAUAUUCUUCAAAGAAUAUCAGAGACAGGGACGAGUACUGGUUCUGUUUGAGUCACUCCUAGAUGAGAGUCAAUCUACCUGGCUGUUUGUCACAGCAAAUGUAACAAAGAAAAAAAAAGGGAUUUUUUUUUUUCUUUUUGUUUCAUCCUCACAGGCUUUUCUAGGAGUGCAUCAAACCUCUAUGCAACAGAUGUGUUAUUUAUUCCAAGGGAAAUUAAUUCACUUUUCACUGAAACUAUGCAGAAUGCAACUUUGAUUUAAACGGACUUCAAUGUAAAGAGUUUAGCUUCUCAGGCAAUUUAACUCAGUGAGAGGGCUCAGAGCCAAGAUACAACACCCUGGUCCAUAAGAAUCAUUUAUAGAGCUAUCAUAUGAUGUGAUAGGGACAGUUUUAGGCAGUUGUGUGACUUUUCCAGAGACAGUUUGUCUUCUAAAAUGUGUUUUCUCUUCCUAGUUCAGCACAUGAAAACAACAGGGUCUCACUGCCAUCCUACUCACGACACACUGUACCGAGGGCAGAUCAGUGCUCUCGACAAAGGCUUCAGGUGUCAUUUCUCUCUUCUCUCAGACUAUGAAUACUGGGUAUUCUCAGAGGUUGCUCUUUGAAAUUGCUGUGAUCCCCCUUUGUCCUACAGUGGAAACACAGGGCAGAAAACUUCAGCGUCUGUGGUCUGACAUACUAUUGCAAAGGAAGUACUAUGAACUCUGAUGUGAUGUUGGUCUUUACGAGCAGUACUUUCAGUAUGGAUUAGGUAAGCACUGCAUGUCGUGAAACUGCACUUGUCCUAGAAUGGUUCAAUAUGAGCUUGUGUUCUACUGUUAGUUUAUGCCUGCCUGUUUUAUACAGUUUAAUCAAAAGAAAGAUGUUGUUAAUAACGUUGGCCUUUCUAUAUUAAUUCUAUCAGGAUUUCCUCUCAAUGUCCAUGUUUACAAAAUAAAUCUCUCUGAACAAGGCCAAAUGAAUGAGCUAAACUGCUAAUGAGAACAUUCAUGCUAGCUGUGAUAUCAAUGCAUUCUGACUGGAUGGUCCUUUGGGGACGCCAUCCUCUGUUACUGGAUUAACAGAUGUACAGACCAUGACGAAACCUGGUGAAGAAUGUGGAAAUAAAC